AUGUCGAUAAUCCUCAUAGAUAGUCCCUUUGCUCUCUUCAACGCGGGUGUCUUUAUUCCACAGUAUAGUAGUGUCCUUAGUACUACCGAUGAUGCAUCAGCCACUCCCUCCACGGUAGUUGAGACCACAGUCGAGAUUUCAGUGUCUUCUAGCAAGACAUCUGCUUUUUCCGUCGAAGUAUCCGAUUCGUCCGUCCCCAUUGAGACAUCUGCAACCCCGGCCACCAGGGACUUCACCACUGAUCAUACAACUGCUGAGCCGUCCACCACCGAUCUUACCACCACCGCAGCGAUCCCUACAUUCACCAUGUUUGCCUCUGGCUCCAAUGUCAUUGCAGGUAAAAGUCUUCAAAGUUACAGCCUCGAUAGCGCCGUUGUCAUAUUCGACCCCGCCACUGACGACAACAACCCCUCUUUUCUCUGUGGAUACUACCGUACUACGAACGACGAACUCAACAAGCCCGCUACCGUCAUCACUUGUCAUGGCGAGACUCCCUUACAGUCAGCCUUUUUCACCUAUGAGCUAUCUAGUAGCUUUGGGAUCUCAUGCUCGGUCCCGGCGAUUUCCUGUACGCCUUCUGGAUCCCCCGAUACGCCUCCGGCGUGUGUAGUCGCUGCAGGCACUUGGAGCUUGAAUUCUGUCGGUGUUCGAGCGUUUGGUCAUACCUGGCAAAUUGGAAACAGUGAAACACCGGUACUUGUGAGUGUAUGA